AACUUUUGAAAAUCACGUAAGGUAAACGUAAGUGAACGUAAGUUCGUAAGUUUCCGAGGAAAACAAAAAAAAACAGAGGAAAAACAACAGCUGGAACUAAAUCGAAAAUUGUGGAUAAAUAAGUGUCGCCAAAAUGCCGAAACCCGGUGACAAGGCGAAGGUGAAGGUGAACGUGAAGGAGCGGGUGGUGGACGAGUCCUGCGACCUGAGCCUCUCCGAAUUGAGCGAAAUACCGGUGCGGGAGAUUGCUUCGUUCAAGCGCGUCACUGUUUUGGAUCUCUCCAGCAAUCGCCUGGUCAACCUGGGAAAAAACUUUUCGAUUCUCACACGUCUGGUGCGACUGGAUCUGAGCAAGAAUCAAAUAACAUUCCUGCCCGAGGACUUUGGCCAGCUGGAGCAGCUGCGCCACUUGGACCUGUACAACAACUGCCUGGAGCACCUGCCCAUCAGCUUCGGUCAGCUGCGUCGUUUGCGCUACUUGGAUCUGAAGGGGAACCCCCUGACGCCCGCCUGGCAGAAGAUUGUGGGCUGCUGCUCCACGCAAAAGGACUGCCAGCAGGCGGCCAAGAAUACUGUCAGCAUUUGCGCCAACUACAAACCGGAAUUCAUUGAACGUGAACGUUUGGCCGCCCAGGAGACCCUGAAAAUGGCCGGAGCCGGGGACUCCAACUCUGCCCAAGCAAAUGGCGGAGCAACUGGCGGAAAAAAGUCCACUAAGCCCAAUAAUAAGAAAGCGAAAGCCAAAAAACUUGCUGGAGGAGGAGACAGCGAGCUGACAAUCAAACCAGUGAACGCCGGAGGACCAUCAGGAAGUGGAGGAACUGGAUCGGGAUCUAAGUCAAGUCUGAAGAACAAUCAAAAGAAAAAGAACUCGAAUGGUGGCUCAUGGUUGAAUCUACUCUCAAGGGCCGCACUAUCCUCACUGGUGACCUUUCUCGUCCUGUUUGUCAUCAAUUUGCUGAUCAUCUAUAUGAUCAUGUUCAAGAAUCCCGACAUCGCAGACAAGCUAGUGGAGUAUAUACCACACCAGUAUCGUGAUUGGAUCCUGACCAAAACGGAGAUCUUUCGACUGCGUGUCACCGACUGGAUCUCCGAAUUCCGUACACCACCAGAGGAACACUGACGGUUCAUUUAUUUGAAGCCAUAGGGCGCUGGGCUUCAAAUAGAUGGUAUCGCUAAACAAAAUUCGGAUGCAUAGCGCGUGUGUGGAGGCAGACUUAAAAUUGGGAUACGUGUAGACCACCUGAACGAGUUAUACGACUGCUACUUUGAUAUACCAUUAUGUGUAAUUUACUGCCAUUUAUUUUGAUAGACUCUAAGACACUACGUCCAUUAAAAGGAGAUUUUUAAAAGGAAGAAAACCGCAUGCACUCCGCAACUGAAGAGGCCACUUAAAAGACACCAAACUACACUCAAUCACUCAACUUAAUCGAACUCAGAUGAAUCUACAGCUAACCUAACCAUAGCUCAAACUCAACUCAAUAGUAACUGAAUGGCGGUUCAAAACUGGCCAACGCAUAGAAACUACAGACACAGUCAGACCAGACCCCCUUGUAAUAUCCACAUCUAUCAGAUCGAAUCGAAUCAGUCACAAAUAAAUACUUUAAUCAAUUGUAAGAAUACCCAGUGCAAUCUCCAUUUUAUUUGAAGUUCAA